GGUUGAACGUUGGUACUGUCAAAAUUGUCAAAGUGACAAGUGACCAUUUUUGGAGGGAAAUAAUUUUAAAUAAGAAAAUAAAAAAUAUAAAAAGAGUUAAUUGUUUUAAGGUUUAUAAUUUCAAUAAAUAGGUUUUCAAAAAUGGCAGACACUUGUGAAAUGAUGGAAACGGACUCGCCACAACCAGGAACAUCGAAAUCCACUGAAGUAUCAAAAAAGACUUCUAACCUUCCUUGGAUAGAAAAGUAUAGACCUCAAACCUUCGAAGAGAUCAUGGGUAAUGAAGAAACUACAACACGCCUCUCAAUAUUCGCUAAAAAGGGCAAUGUGCCUAAUAUUAUCAUUGCGGGUCCACCAGGUGUAGGAAAGACUACUACCAUUCUAUGUUUAGCGAAGAUAUUGUUGGGCUCUGCAUUUAAAGAGGCAGUACUUGAAUUAAACGCUUCGAACGAUAGAGGCAUUGAUGUAGUUAGAAACAAAAUAAAAAUGUUUGCUCAACAAAAAGUCACUUUACCCCCUGGCAGGCAUAAAAUCAUUAUAUUAGAUGAAGUAGAUAGUAUGACUGAAGGUGCACAACAAGCUCUCAGACGUACUAUGGAGAUUUACAGCAACACCACAAGAUUUGCUUUAGCUUGUAACUAUAGUGAAAAGAUUAUUGAGCCAAUUCAAUCCCGGUGUGCUAUCUUACGAUAUACAAAACUCUCUGACGCACAAGUAUUGGCAAGAGUAAUUCAAAUUUGCCAGAAAGAAAAUGUAAAUUAUACUGAAGAUGGUCUGGAAGCUAUUGUUUUUACUGCCCAAGGUGAUAUGAGACAAGCUUUAAACAAUCUCCAGUCAACCCAUAAUGGUUUUGAUAUAGUUAAGUCUGAAAAUGUUUUUAAAGUUUGUGAUGAGCCUCAUCCAAUGUUAAUUAAAGAAAUGUUAAAAUCUUGUUCAGUGGGUGAUAUUCGGAAGGCUUAUAAAGUAAUGGAACAUUUUUGGAAUCUCGGAUAUGCUGCAGAGGAUAUUAUCAAAAAUAUAUUUAAAGUGUGUAAAAAUUUGGACAUUGAGGAGCCAUUAAAAUUAGCUUUUAUCAAGGAAAUAGGUAUUACUCAUAAACGUAUAGUAGAGGGUUUAACUACGCUGGUUCAAAUGUCCGGUCUCUUAUCUAGACUUUGUAUAGCAUCAAGUGGUGUUGAAAUAAGUUAAUUUUUACUAUUAUGCUGUAUUAUUUUAAGUUUAUGAUAUUUGGAUAUAUCUAUUCAAAGACCUAAUCUAAUAGGAGAGACUCUUAUUUCUCCAUGUUUCAAUAAAUUUUGGUUAUCUAUCU